GCCGGCCCUGCGCACACGCAUAGCGCGUUGCUCGCGAGUCGCGGACCAUUAGUACACCGACGCACUGCCUACGACAUGUUGCCUCUCAUCUCUCGUUACAACAUGGAGAGCUUUUCGAAAUCGUGCGUCUGGCUUGUUGCAGCGGCGCUCUUGGCCGCUAGCGGUGUGAGUGCUGGCGUCGGAAGCAAAAGGCCUUUUACGCCGACCGAUUCCAUCUUGGAUAUUAUCGACACUGAGCAAGUCGAAAGAAUACUCGCGGCGCGAAGGCGAACAGAAGAGGCGACGGCUUCGUCAACGUCGUACGUUCAGAGAAAUGAGCUCGGUGAAGGUAGUUCCGAGACAAUGGUCGUGUCCGCACCAGAGCAGGAGGAUGUGACCGAAAUACCUAAAGGAGCGGCGUUUCGAAACAUACUUAAGUCUUCGAAAAAUGCAUUACUCGUCACUAAAAAAGAAUAUCUGAAAGAAGAUUGGUGCAAAACCGAACAGUUAGUUCAAAAAAUUCGGGAGCCCGGAUGUUUACAGGCGACAGUGAUUAACAAUUUUUGUUAUGGACAGUGCAACUCGUUUUAUAUUCCGAAAGGACCGCGGCGUCGUGAAGGCAAUGACGAGCGGCCUCCACCUGCGUUCAAAUCGUGCUCGUUUUGUAAGCCAAAAAAGUUCACCUGGAUCACUGUUACGCUCCGCUGCCCUGGACAGAAUCCCCCCUUUAGACGCAAGCGCCUACAAAAAGUGAAACAGUGCAAGUGUCUUCCGGUGGGUGUUAACUGAUGUUGACUCGUGACAGACCCUCCUCACAGAGGCGGACAAUACGUCCAGCUCGAUCCGAGUCGCAUCUGAGGCAUGUGCUGACCAAGCAAGAGGUUGGAAUGGGAGAGAAUUAAUAAAAGCAAUAAAUGUGACGUGAGCGGGCUCGUAAUGACAUUGUUACCUGAUGUUUUGAUUAGUGAUUAUCACUCGCACAUUGGGGCAAGUAUGGAGCGGACUGUUAAACAUAUUCGGAACGCGUGCUCUCAUACGUCAAUAGAUAUGACGUCAUGCGAUGCAGAUAUAUAACGUCUAAUAACUUUGUAAUAGAGCGGCUUCGACUGCAAGUCGUGAAGCAAGAGCUUUAAUUGUCUGUAGUGUGUCUGAUUAGUUGGCCGCUGUUAGAAAACUGUCGACUGGUGACCUUGCUAUCGUUUCAAAAGUAUUUAGUUCAAACGUAUCCACGGAAAAAUCUCGGAAUAACGCGUUAUUAUUUGAAAAUCUAGUGCUAUUCUGUUAUUAACAUCAGACUCAACGUUUCUGAACGUUUCGUACGGAAUAAAUGUGAUAUUAGUUGUAGGCAAGUCUCUAGUUGUUACGUAUUAAACGAACGCGAGAAACAGUUUCAUGUUAUUUAUUAUAACUAUUUAAUAAUAUCAUUAUAUCAUAGUUGAUACCAAAAUACGCUUAUAUUGUAUAUAAUCUAAUGAUAAGUAUUAUUUCAUCGUGAUACAAUAAGAACGAGAUACUAAUAUGAACAAUUGACAGAGCAAAUGUAAUUUGUCAGACUUAAAGUUAAUUCAAAUGUUAUGAUCUCUAUUUGCUCUCCAGUCGUAUUUUGUUUAUAAAUAACAAUUUACAUAAUAUAUUGUCUUGUGUUAUGUUUGACAAGUGUAAAAUAUAUCUCGCGAGAGAUAUCAUUAAGCAAACAACGCCCGUGCAUACUCACCUCCAUUGCCCUCUUUUGAAACGCACGAGAAUUCGAACUCGUGUUCGAAUUUUUUUUUUUUCUUUCUUUUUAUAUUACAUAUGAAAUCAAAGAUUUUUGUUUUUUUUUGUAUAAAAUUUGAAUAAUUAUUGAUAAUAUCAUAUACAUAAAUCAGAUAACUUACUCUAUUACCAGUAGUAUUAAAACUAUUUGUACUUAGAUAUAACAAAUAUUUCAAUCCACUACUUUUAGUCAGGGCGAAGAUAGCGCAAGACCGAACUGAAAAAAGACUAUAAAAAUCAUUAAAUAUUGAUAGAUAUGCACAUGAAAACACAUAAGAUUAGACGUAAUAAAGAUAAAUAUAAUCGGACUAUGAACUUAACAAAUAAAAUAGAACGUUUCUUUAAAAAAUAAUAAUGACGUAAUAAGCAAAUUGUCUAAACUUAACCGUAGGCGUCGUAUUAAGUAUCUUAGGUAAGUCUUAUAGUGUGUUUUGCCUUUAGAAAACGUUCAGAUUACUGUUGUGUAGUAGAUUGUAACAAUAUUAUGAAUGUAGGAUCUUGCUAUAAUAUCAACCUACUUUGAUUCAACCUUGUAGAGGUAAAUAUGUUUUCGUUCACGAACUUACAUGUAAUUGAGUGUAAACGGUCCUCUUAGAUCUGCUAAUGAUAAAAUAAAAUUACAUAUGUCAACAUUUACUGUAAAAAA